AUGGAAGAGGUGGUGGUUGUGGAAACAGAUUGCAGGGCAGAGUUAACAAGGGGACAUUCCUAUCACAGCUUCAGUAUCAAGAGCUCAUCAGAGUCUGCUCAAGUUAAUCCCAUCACAACCAGUCCUCCUUGUGGAAGAGAAGAAGAUGGUACAAACUGGAGAGGCCAAGGUGGUGGUGGCGGCGGCGGCGGUGGUGAGCUCAACCCUCUAGAUGCUUGGCUACCCAUCACAGAAUCCAGGAAUGGGAAUAUCUUUUCUGUUACCUUCCAUUUACUGUGCUCUGGUAUUGGAUUCCAAGCCCUUUUACUUCCAGUUGCAUUUGCCACUCUUGGAUGGGCAUGGGGAAUCAUAUGCUUGUCACUAGCAUUUACAUGGCAACUCUACACAAUAUGGCUCCUCGUUCAGCUACAUGAAUCUGAAUCUGGAAUUCGUUACAGUAGAUUCAUCCACCUUGCUGUAACAGCCUUCGGUCCAAAGUUAGGGAAGUUGCUAUGCAUCUUCCCAGUAAUGUAUCUAUCAGGGGGUACAUGUGUGCAACUGAUUAUCAUAGGAGGUUCCACCAUGAAGCUUUUCUUAAAUACUGUUUGUGAUGCCAAAACAGUGACUGCUACAGAGUGCUUCUUGAUGUUCACAUGCUUAGCCAUUGUUGGCGCUCAGUCUCCCAAUCUGAACUCAGUAGCUAAUGUCUCCUUUGUUGGCACUAUCUCAGCGGUUGUCUACUGCAUUCUGAUUUCGUCUCUUUCAGUUGCCAAGGGAAGGCUCAGUGAUAUAUCAUAUGAUCCACCACUGGUGGAGUCCAACAUGGAUAGAGGAUUUGGUGGAAUACUGAAUGCAAUGGGCAUAAUUUUUCUUGCAUUCAGAGGCCAUAAUGUUAUCCUUGAAAUACAGGGGACAUUGCCAUCGAGUCCGAAACAUCCAACUUAUAAGCCUAUGUGGAGAGGAGUGACUAUAUCAUAUGCAGUUAUUGUUAUGUGUUUGCUUCCUCUUGCCGUGUGCGGAUCUUGGGCUUAUGGAAACAAGGUACCAUCCUCAAUUGGAGAAAUUUUGACAGCAGCUGCACAAUUUCGCGGACAUAAAACCUUGAAAUGUGUAUUGGGGCUAAUUUGCAUACUAGUAGUAGUUAACUGCUUAAGUUCAUUUCAAAUCUAUGGCAUGGUAGUCUUUGACAAUUUGGAGAUGAGGUACUCAAUCAAGAAGAAAAAGCCUUGUGCAAGGUGGCUACGCGUAAUUUUUCGGAUUUUCUUUGGUGGAUUUGUAUUCUUCAUAGCAGUGGCUUUCCCGUUCUUGAUAAGCUUGGCUGUUCUAAUUGGAGGGUUGGCAUUUCCUUUAACAUAUGCUCAUCCAUGUUUGAUGUGGAUUGCAAUCAAGAAACCAAAGCCAAAAGGUGUCAUGCGGUGUAUAAACACGGGACUUGGAUGCUUAGGCCUGUGUCUGAGUGUUGUUCUAGUUGUUGCUGCAUCAUGGAAUAUAGCUCAAAGAGGCCUUAAAGCCAACUUCUUCAGGCCUUAAUUACUAUUUAGGAUCCGUAAGGACGGGGUGUUUUUUAGCUAAAUAAUACUUGAAACACUAUAGCUAUUUUGG